AUGGCAUCUUCCAUCGAAGUCGGAGGGUUGUGGACAAACAUUCAAAGCUGUCAAAAUCUUGGUGACAAGAUUAUUGAAGGCAAAACAGAAAAGAGGAAAACCAUUACACAUGGCUCCUCAAGUGAACAAUGCCCGCAGUCUGUUCCUGUGGUGCGUUCCGUGUCUGAAAUAAUGGCACUAUUAAGUCAUCCGAAAGAAAAUACUUCCCCAUGUCUUGAUUUGGUGGAACCGCCUCCACCAAUAAUUGAGCCGUCCAUAUACUCGAUUGUGUCAGACUAUGAGAGGAUCAUGAGUAUUUCAAUUGUAUGA